AAGACGAAAGAUCGGCGUGAAAAAUAAUCUAGGCAUACAUGUCCCUCGAAGCGUUGAGUCAGAAUAGAGGUUUUCUUUUAAGAUCAGUUUCCCCCUUGCUCAUUUGUACACCAAUUUCCGUCUCGUAAUGACGACUUUCUGGAGGAGGGCCUUGGUUUUAGCCUAUUUUAUUGUCUCGGACCAUUUUCUUUCGUGUUUGGUGUCGAGUCAAUAUGCGCCAGAGCAUUCUAAUGAACAAGUUCAUCACUAUUAUACUGGGUCUCAAGCACAUCAGUAUCCCGAUUAUUACCAUAACACCCCAAAUCAAGUUUACCCAUUGACCAAUGGAAUCGAUCGACAAGGCAUUCAAGCAUUACUCUCCAGUCCCGGAGCCGAGGUCAUCCAGUUUGGGGCACUCAUCAUUUUGGGUGGGGCAGCCAUCAUCACGGGUGUCCAAGCGGCCAACACGGAUCGAGAUCUGAACACGUUGCGGUCUCGUUUUACGACCGUUUGUAACGCCGUCAGAGUAGCUGGAGCCUUGGACGGGGGCGAUGUUGUUGAAGAUCCUGCCGCUCCUGUUGUAGAUCCUGCGGCUCAAGAAGCCCUACAACGUGUCAACGCCGUCAUAUCGGCUUUGAGACAAGCUGGAACGACGACUUGUAAUUUCUGAUUGCCUUCAAUUGAGACUGAGCAUAAAAAUUGCGUCUACCUCCUUGAUUGUUCUACAUAAUAGUCCAAGAAAUUUAGGGUUGAGGUACGGAUAACGAUUGUUGAAGAAAUAGAUAUGU